AUGUCGAGAUACGUGCACAAAGCGCGAACGCUCGCGCUCGAAUCCGCGACGACGGUCACGAACACCGUCUUACCGUCGAUAAAGAAGUCUCUGGAAACGUCCAUCGCGAAAAAUGCGGAGUUUAUCGUCAAAGACGAGCAGCAAGCGGCGAAGCUCCCGAAGCAACUUUUGUAUACCAAUCUCGCCCGAAUCCCGAAAGCGAUCGAAACGGCCGAACGAGAAGCGGGAGUGGUCAAAGAACGGUGGCAGAAAGUGGACGAGAUGAGCGUGAAAGAAGUAGGGGUGGCGGUUUUGUUCGGGUUAGAGACGUACGCGUGGUUUUGCGUCGGGGAGAUUAUCGGGAGAGGUGGGAGUUUGACCGGGUAUUAG